GAGGUGUGGGUGUUUGGGCGUGGAGACAUGGGGCAGCUUGGGGAUGGCAGCACAGAGGAUGUUUUUGUACCACGCCUGGUGAAGGGCCUCAAGUCCCGUGAUGUGGUCAACCUGGCCGCAGGCGCCCUGCACACCGCCGCCGUCACCUCCGACGGCGAGCUGUACGUGAUGGGCAGCAACGAGGAGUCGCAGCUGGGCGUGCGGCAGCGCAGCGACGCCCUGGCGCCCACCCGCGUGACCGCCCUGGAGCAGUUCCAGGUGCAGCGGGUGGCCUGCGGGCCCGCGCACACGCUGGCAGUGGUGGAUGGCGGCGCGGUGGCGGCCUUUGGCAGCGCAGAGUAUGGCCAGGUGGGGCUGGGGCCGUGCGGCGCGCGGGUGGAGCUGCCGCGGGUCGUGAAGGACCUGAGGAGCAUGCACAUCGUGCGGGUGGCGGCGGGGGGCAGCCACACGCUGGCCCUCAGCUCCACCGGCGGCGUGUUCAGCUGCGGCAACGGCAGCUUUGGGGCGCUGGGGCGGGGCACCACCGAAGGCAACGAUGUGCCGCGCCCCAUCAGCCGGCUGUGGCCCUUAGGGGUGGUGCAGAUUGCAUGCGGUGAAAAUCACUCGGCAGCGAUCACAGCAGAUGGACGAGUGCUCACGUGGGGACGAGGCAAGCACCGGCUGCUGCCAGCCUUCCACUGCGGCCACGGCGACUUUGAAAACUGCAGUACCCCCAAGCCUGUCCAGGCGCUGAAGGGCAUCGUGGGGCGGCAGGUCAGCUGCGGCGACGACCAUACGGUGCUGCUAACUGAGGAUGGCAGUGUGUAUGCCUGGGGC